AUGAAUGCAAUACCUUUAAAGAGUGUAAACGGUCUUAAUUCGGAAGAAUUGUCUAAUAAAGCUGAGAAUAUUAUAAAUUCGAUAGGAAAAAUAUGGAAAACGGAUAAAAAAUAUACAUACAAGCUAAACAAAGUGAACUCGAAUAUUAAUGUACAAACGUACCAUAUUGAUAAGCUCAAUGAUGAUUAUUGGUGUGCAAGAGUUUCGACACUUAAAGAGAUAGAUGUCGAAGAUAAAAGGAGUUAUUAUUCGAAACUUGAAAAAUACAUUGUUGGAUCAAUCUCAAGUUUAGAAAACACACAUACAGAAUACGAAAAGCAGUACAUUCAUGAACUUGUUAAUUAUGAACUUAAACCAAUUACAUUGACGCCCAAUAAGGACUUUGAAACGUUUACUUACUUAGCAAGACUAGAGUAUAAAUUUCCUUUUCCGUUAAGACGGAGAGUAUUUUUUGAAUUGAUUCAUAUUUGCAAAUCUCGUAUGGAAUCUUUGUCGUAUAUUAUUUCGUUACCGAUUGACCCAACUUGUUUUCAAAGUGAGUCCUUAAACAUGGUUCAUGCCAGAUAUGCUUCAAUCGAGAAAAUAUCCUAUGAUAAAUCGACAAAUGAUUUGGAAUGGCUAAUGGCUACAUGUUCAAGUCCUGGAGGAUCAAUACCUGACUGGUUAAGUAAAUUAAGCAUCAAUAAAGCGAUAGCUAAAGAUGUUCCAAGCUUUUUAAAUUGGUCAGAUUCUAUAUAG